AAUAUAUUUUAUCCAUAAAAACAAAGCUACCGUCUCCAGAAAAAAUAUUAUUACUUGACCCUCCUUUUCAAAAUUUUUUUAAUAAACAAUUGAUGCAUCAAAACAAACCACCACAAUCCUACAUAAAUGACCGGCUGCCACAUCUGGAGGACAUAAAUGAUCUGGAUAAUUUGAUGUCAACUAUAAUAAUGUACAAUAUGUAUCAAGCAAUUGAUGAUUACCAGGGACAUGAUCUCCAAGAAAUCGUGGAUCUAAAAAUUGAAUUAAUUAAAUUAAACAUUAUUAUUAGAUAUAUUGAUAUAUUAAAUGUACAAACAGAUGGAAUCAUAAGUCCAGAUGGAUUUCAAAUAAUAAAUAACAGACAAUUUAUCAACAGAAAUUAUAUUUGUACAAUCGACUUGGAAUUUAAAAAAUUCAUAAAUGAAACAGAACAAUUUUGGAUGCACCCAUAUUUUGAACUAAAAACUACUGUGUACAUGGUCGAACAAUAUGAUUCGAAUGUAAUUUCUUUGGAUUCGGAGAGAAUCGUGAAGUUUGAGAUUCCACCCACACCAGCAUUGCAUGAGGAAAAUUACAAUGAAUUGUUAGUGGUCACCUGUUUAAAAACAUAUUUUAGCAAUGCAGUCAAAUCUUCUAAACAGUAUGUAAUAAAUAUACCUAAACAUAUUGAAAUUAUCAUGAUUUUAACAAAAUUUCAAUUUAUUAACAAAAAAUAUCUAAAAAUUACACUAAACAAUCUAAUACAAAAACAGUAUAUAGUUGAAUAUUCUAAAUCAAAUUAUACACUUUACAAACAAAACGAAAAUGAAAAAAUUGAGUUGUUAAUUUUAAAAUUUCAUCAUAUUAAAAUAAUUAAUUAUAUACUAAACGUAACAAAAGAAAAAUACUUGACUACAGCAGUAAAAUAUGAGCUAUCCACCAGUGUAUAUGAAUAUACAAAAAGACCACGCAUACCUGAAACACAAGAAAACAAUCGUAUGGACAUCAUUCAACAAAAAGUUGUAUUUAUAAAAAAAAUGUUGAAUGCAAUAACUGAAAGUCAACAAACAACAAUCAAAACAAUACAAAAUACAUACACAACAAAAUUAAAAACUUACAAACAAUUAUUGAACAUAAUAUUAAAAAGUUUAUCCAAAACUCCCAUAGACAAUUCAUUUACAACCGAUGAACUAUUAGAACUAUUACAGAAUAAUUCAAAUUUACAAAUAUCUUUAGAACCCAUGACAAGAACCAUUCCAUCCACACCAACAUACCACCAAUCACAGAAGUCACACAAAAAAUUUUAUACUAAACGUUCAGAACUUCAAGAUUAUAUAUAUAAGUACUAUAAGUAAAAUUAUAUUACCUAACCUAAAUAUUGAAGGAGCAACAUUUUUCCUUUAUAUUGUUUUCAGUUUUUCACCUUUCUUGU